AUGCACCUUGGAGCUAUCGCUCCAGCCUGCUCCCCCAACACUCUGGCCGCCCUCCUACCACUCCAGCCCGCUUUCCUACCGCUCCAGCUGUCUUCCUACCGCUCCCGCCGCCCUCCUACCCCUCCAGCCCGCUCCCCAACCCCUCCGGUCGCCCUCCUACUGAUCCAACCCACUCCCCUAAGACUCCGGCCACCCUCCUACCGCUCCAGCCCACUCCCCUCUGACUCCCGCUCCCCUACCUCUCCGACCACCUUCCUACCACUCCAGCCCACUCCCCUAGGACUCCGGCUGCGCUCCUACCGCUCCAGCCCGCUCCCCUACCGCUCCAACCGCACUCCUGCCGCUCCCGCCACCCUCCUACCGCUCCAGCCCGCUCCCCUACCGCUCCAACCGUGCUCCUACCACUCCGGCCACCCUCCCCGCUCCCCUACCUCUCCGACCACCCUCCUACCCUCCAGCCCUCUCCCCUACCCUCCGGUCGCCCUCCUACCGCUCCAGCCGCUGCAGUUUCCAUCCAUCACCACCACCCACUGCAGCGAGGCCAGCCACGAUACCGCAGGCUGCAGCUUCCAGCCUGUGCUGCUAGGUGCCGGGCUUAGAGGAGUAGAAGACGGGAGAGCCAGCUGCCGCCUGCUGGAAGCUGGAGUCUGCACUGCGGUUCGGUUCGCCUUGCUGCAGCUGCAGCUCACCUCACUGUGGUUGGCGGUGUCCCCUGUCCUGGGUGUGAUCACAGGAAUGCUCAUCCUCAUCCUUGUCCCAGCCACUAAGAGAGGCCAUGCCAACUAGCUUGGGGACCAGCUCAAGGCCUGGACCUCAUGGCUCCGAGAUAUGAAGGCCCCGAUCCGAAACCGCAGCUAUGUCUUCUCCUCCCUGGCCACGUUGGCUGUCUCCUUCGCCACAGGGGCCCUGGGUAUGAGGAUCCCACUCUAUCUGCACCAUGCACAAGUCAUGCAGAAGAUGGUGGAGUUGUGUAGCAGCCCACCCUGCAGGGCCAAGAACAGCCUCAUCUUCGGGGCCAUCACCUGCAAUACGGGCUUCCUGGGCAUGGUCACGGGUACGGGAGCCACGCGCUGGUGCUGCCUGAGGACCCAGCAGGCCAACCCCCUGGUGUGUGCCGUGGGCAUUGCUGGGCUCUGACAUCACAUCUUCAUCUGCCUGAUCUUCAUGGCUGCCAAGAGUAGCAUCGUGGGGGCCUAUAUCCAUAUCUUCAUCGGAGAGACAGUGCUAUUUUCCAAUUGGGCCAUCACCGCUGACAUCCUCAUGUAUGUGGUCAUCCCCACCUGGCACGCCACGUCUGUGGCCUUGCAGAGCUUCACCUCCCACCUGCUGGGGGACACCAGCAGCCCCUACCUCAUCAGCUUUAUCUCAGACCUGAUCUGCCAGAGUACCAAGAACUCCCUGCUCUGGGAGUUCCUGAGCCUGGGCUAUGCGGUCAUGCUCUGCCCCUUUGUUGUCAUCCUGGCGGUCAUGAUCUUCCUCGCCAUGGUGCUCCUCUUUCUCAGCAACUAUGCCAAGGCUGAGCAGCAGGUGAACCAGCGGGUGAUGCUGCCUGCAUCUGUGGAAGUCUGUGGUGGUGCCACUGAGACAAUGAAGAACCCACACUCCCACCUAGUCUGGAAGGUGUCCUACAGCAUCCGGGACCACCUGGGCUGCCCACGGGCUUUCUGUGUGAUCCACGGCAAGGUGCCCACCCACUCUGGCUGGGGCCUGCUGAGUGGCCCUGGCUUCAGGAAGAGGCAGUGUCCUCAGUCACCCUGGAAAGGUGUGUGUUGGAGCUGUGAGGUUGGACAGAUUCCUGGCCCUAAGUUUGGGCUGCCGGGCCCCUGGGGCCAAGGAAGAAAACAGCCUGAAGUGGGUGCCACCAAGAGCCUGGCUUGCCACUAGCCUAUGUGAUCCUGGGCCAGUCCCUUCCCUCCCUGGAAUGAAGGCAACUUGCUGGGCAAAGCACGAUCCACACCUUUGAAGACUCGCCAGGCCCUGGGCCAUAUGGAAAGGGAAUGGUCUAGGUCUCGGGGCAGCAGUCCCAGGUUUGAGGCUCAGGUGAGGGCCGGCAUGCAGGACUGCUGCUUCUCAGCUGGCCUCUGACCUUGGGGACAUCAGACUCAACCUGGCAGAUGAAGCUGGGCCAGUCUCUCUGGAGGCCACUGUCUCACGGUCUCAGGUUGGCUGCUGGCCUGGAGCUCCCAGGUGGGGAUUGUUCUGACAAGCUGGCAUCAUGAGGGGUGAAGGCCA